AUGACAACGGAGAAGACGAAGAUCUACUUUUGCGGGAGUAUUCGAGCCGGGCGACAAGACGCUGAAUUCUAUCGGCGAAUCAUCGCGAUGCUCUCAAAGCAUGGCCAAGUUUUGACGGAACACAUCGGUUUGGACGAUUUGAUGACCCCACAUUUGGCUAAAUUCCCAGCUGGCGUCGAUUCAGACGAGAAAGACAAAGUGAUUCACGAUGUCGACAUGGAGUGGCUACAUCAAGCGCAUGUUGUGAUCGCCGAGUGCACUCAGCCGUCGGUUGGAGUCGGUUUCGAGUUGGGCGUCGCGUGGAAACUCGGAUUGCCGACAUUGGCCCUUUAUCGACCACAGAAGACGUCUAAUGGGGUGACGGGAAUCUCGGCGAUGAUCAACGGUUGCAAGUCGGAUUCGUGGCGUGUCUUCAACUAUUCCCAUUUCGAUGAGUUGGAGCCGAAGAUUCUCGAGUUUUUAGAGAAAUUCCCGCCAAAAUCG